AUGGAAACUUGUGUAUUGAUACCUAGAGAAUUUUCCUUGGUCCUUACCAACGAUCAGUCAGCCUGCAAGAAUCUUUUCAAGAAUGAUUCAAGCAUAUUGGAUAUGAGAAUUUCGGUAUGGUCGAAUGUAUUUAUUCCAUCGGGAACCUUGAUUUAUCCAUUUCAAGGAUCAAUUAGAUUCGACAAAAUUGACCUUUAUUCUCUCCUUGAUGACAAUGAUAUCAGACGCGAAUAUGGUUGCUAUGACGAAGUCUUCUUCUCCAAUUAUAAUCUUAACAAGCGUCAAUGUAACUGGAUAAGAUUUCUCCGUAUCGUUCAAUCAUACGAUGAACAAGUUAAUCUGAUUGGUACAAAGGUAAAAGGUGAACCUAUAUUUGAAGUGAUAAAGAAUGUUCAACCGGACACGGAGCUGGUGGCUUGGUUUUUGCCAGUAACACAGCAGGAUAUCGUUAUCAUUUCGCAUGAUGUAUGCUCCAGAUCGGCAAUCUACAGGUGCACGAUCGAUUCUAUUUUAGACGAAUCCCCGUUGGAUCUUUCGAUGACAUUACUCGCUCAUCAUUCUUUACCAGCGAUAUCACAUUCUUAUUACGAGCUGGAUGAAUACGAAUCGACGUCUGAGGAAUCCACAUCAUCAACGCUGUCGUUGGCCGGUGAUCAUCUCGAUUGCAGUAUCCUGACAACGAUUAAGAGAGGAGAGAGGGUUUUAUUACCUUGUGAAGUCUGUGGCAAGUCCUUCGACCGGCCAUCUCUUCUAAAACGACAUAUGAGAACGCAUACAGGGGAAAAACCGCAUGUCUGCAUGGUAUGCAACAAGGGUUUUUCAACAUCGAGCUCGUUGAACACGCAUAAACGUAUCCAUAGCGGCGAAAAGCCUCAUCAGUGUCUUGUUUGCGGAAAGAAGUUUACAGCCUCAUCAAAUCUAUACUAUCAUAGGAUGACUCAUAUCAAGGAGAAACCACACAAAUGUUCGCAAUGUUCGAAAUCAUUUCCGACGCCGGGUGACCUGAAGAGUCACACGUAUGUGCAUAAUGGACUAUGGCCAUUUAGAUGUCACAUUUGCAGUCGCGGUUUCAGCAAACCAACUAAUUUGAAGAAUCACAUGUUGCUUCAUCUCGGUAGAUGCUCCAAUAAGAAAUACAUUAAAUCUAUCUCUGACUUCUGACUGAGUGUUAAUUUGUUAUUAUUUCAUAUAAAAGUUUAAAAAUUAUUGAUUUAUGUAUAUAUACAAAUAAUGUGCCAUUAUUGAUCAAACACGUAAUUUGAGAUAAAAGGACAACUAGGAUAACUGUUCCUAUUAGUAUGCCUUUCUUUAAAUAUGCCAGAAAGAAAACUAGCACUAAUAAAUAAGAAAAAGUAUCUUUUUUAUUAAGUUAAAUUAUUAAUAUA